GUGAAACAGAAAAACUGCAGGUGUCUCGUUGUCAUGCUAAGCCGAGAGACCCAAACUGACCAAUGUUGCCCAAGGCUGGGUCCGUCCUGAAUCACCAAAACAUUCCAAAACCGAGAAUCACCAAAACAUUCCAAAACCGAAGCUACUUCUGAAUUACAGAAGGUCUCCAUAUUUUAGAAGUAGAUUGUAUUUGGAAGGCGGUUUCAAAUCCUUGCAGACUUCGGGUUUCCUAAUCCAGCACCUCAUAGCCUUUGAACAUCUCUUUAAAUAGACACCACACAAGCCUCUCAAUGCACACACUUUAGAAGAGCAAUCGCAUAGCUUUCCUGAAGAAAAGUUUUUCUGAGAGGGAUUCUAGUUUAACAAGAUGAAGGUCAUUGCUGCAUAUAUGCUUGCAGUGUUGGGAGGAAACAAGGAACCAACUGCCGAAGAUAUCAAGGACAUUUUAGGUUCUGUUGGUGCUGCUGAUGACGCUGAUGACAAGAUUGAACUUCUUCUUUCUCAAGUUCGGGGUAAAGACUUGACUGAACUUAUUGCAACUGGAAGGGAGAAACUUGCUGUUUCUGGGGGUGGUGCACCUAUGGUGGUCAAUGGUGGUGCAGCUGUGCAGAAGAAAGAGGUGGAAGAGAAAAUUGAUGAAUACUAUUCCUCUGACUCUGACCCUGACCAUGACAAUAUCAUCUUCGAUCUCCGUGCGGAAUGGUAGUUCCCUGAUUCCCUGAAUUGUGUAUUACUGGUUUAAAUUUUGGGGUUUUGAGGCAGUGGCUCAUGAGCUGUUCAAGUUCCUUCAGAUUUUCUAUCAGGUUGUAAUCGCAUUAUAAGUUUCUCAAUAAACACAUCUAUUCUUUGGUCUUACUUCCUAACCUAACAACUGUCUGCAAGAGAUUGUGAAUCCCAUGGACACACUUGUGUCCAUUGUCCAGUCUCACUGGAGAACCUGAUGAAAGAUUCAUGAUCUCAUACACAGUCCAGGCUCUGCAGGACCUCGCAAUAAUUAAUGAACCAUACACCCCUCAUAUUAUAAUUUACUUACUGGGGUCUUUUCUCCGCAGGCUAGCUAAUACUGGAAUACAAUGCUAGCAUUCACUUCGCAGUUCACACAUGCAUUUUCUUAUUUUCA